AUGGAUGCAUCGAAGUUCUCCAACUUCACUAUCGAUUACAUUCUGGGGGAAAAGACGGCACCUCAGACACAUGCAGACCUUUCAUCAGCAUCGCAGUCCUUUCAGGAGGAUUGCAGUAAAGUGAACCUGCCUUCAGCGAGUGGAUUUAAUGCCCAGGCCAGCGGGGUGCCACUGAUGGGUUUUCCUGCACCCUGCCCGGGCAUCUACGAUACAGCUUGUUAUAACUCUUUCCACUGCUGUGGACCUGUUACUUACUAUCAGACCAACUUUAACAUGGGUUACCACGGCGGGGAGCACUGGUUUCAUGCCCAGCCAGAUUACGACAGAGAGGAAAGUCAUCACAGUCCUCAGCACAGGCAACGAAACCGCAUUAGGACAGUGUUCACCGAGAGCCAAGUGCUGCAGCUGGAUCAGCUCUUCAACAUCACCGACUAUCCAACUGCGGAGGCGCGCGCACAGCUGGCGAGGAGCACGGGCCUCAGCGAAGAGACAGUCCGGGUAUGGUUCAAAAAUCGCCGGGCUCGACGCAAGAGGCAGAAAACCACAAGUGACUCACCUUAA